AUGGCCGGAGAAGGAGGAGAAAUUACGGCGACUCUACUGAAAAAUAAGGCGGAGAACGGCGGAGAAGAGGAUGAGUUGGGGAUGAGACAGAAGGUUUGGAGGGAAUCAAAGAAGCUAUGGGUUGUGGCGGCGCCGGCGAUCUUUACGAGAUUCUCUACGUCCGGUUUAUCUUUGAUAACUCAAGCCUUCAUCGGCCACCUUGGCUCCACCGAGUUGGCCGCUUACUCCAUAACACUCACCGUUCUCCUCCGCUUCAGCAAUGGUAUUUUGAUAGGCAUGGCUAGUGCACUAGAAACACUAUGUGGUCAAGCCUACGGAGCAAAACAAUAUCAUAUGCUUGGAAUUUACCUCCAAAGAUCAUGGAUCGUCCUCACGGGCUGUACCAUUUGCCUCACGCCUAUCUACAUCUUCUCGGGCCCUAUCCUCUUAGCUUUAGGUCAAGAGGAACGUCUAGUCCGUCUAGCUCGGAUCAUAGCUCUAUGGGUCAUAGGCAUCAACUUCUCUUUCGUACCUUCCUUCACUUGUCAAAUGUUCCUCCAAGCUCAGAGCAAGAACAAGAUCAUUGCCUACGUGGCUGCCGUCUCCUUAGGGGUCCACGUCUUCUUGUCGUGGCUCCUCAUGGUUCAUUUCGACUUCGGGAUCGCUGGUGCCAUGACCUCGUCGCUCGUAGCGCAUUGGUUGCCUAACAUUGCUCAGCUCUUGUUUGUCUCGUGCGGUGGGUGUAAGGACACGUGGAGAGGAUUCUCUUGGUUGGCUUUCAAGGAUCUUUGGCCAGUCUUCAAACUGUCUUUGUCUUCCGGUGGCAUGAUUUGCUUGGAGGUAUGGUACAAUUCGAUCUUGAUUCUACUCACAGGAACCUUAAAAGACGCAGAGGUGGCUCUUAACGCACUUGCAAUCUGCAUCAAUAUAAAUGCACUGGAGAUGAUGGUAGCGUUCGGCUUCAUGGCAGCAGCAAGUGUAAGGGUUUCAAACGAGAUCGGGAGUGGGAACUCGAAGGGAGCCAAGUUUGCGACAAUGAUAGUGGUUUUGACGUCACUUACCAUAGGAAUCAUUUUGUUCUUUGUCUUCCUAUUUCUAAGAGAAAAAGUUUCAUACAUUUUCACAUCAAGUAAAGCUGUUGCCGCACAAGUAGCUGAUCUUUCUCCACUCUUAGCUUUCUCCAUCCUCUUGAAUAGUGUUCAACCUGUUCUCUCUGGAAUUGCCGUUGGAGCAGGAUGGCAAAAAUAUGUCACUUAUGUUAAUCUUGCUUGUUAUUACCUUGUUGGAAUUCCUUCGGGCAUUUUUCUUGGCUACGUCGUCGGUUUGCAAGUCAAAGGUGUUUGGUUAGGAAUGAUUUUCGGAAUCUUCGUUCAGACCUGCGUGCUUGCCAUAAUGACUAUGAGAACUGACUGGGAUCAACAGGUGUCUUCAUCGCUUAAACGUUUGAACCGUUGGGUUGAACCAGAAUUCAGAGAUCGAAACCAAACUAUACAAAUUAAAAAGAAUAAUUGUGAAGACCGACUUAGAGCUUGA